GGGACGAGCUCUGCACCGGCUGCUCUCCACCGACCAGGCAGAGUGUGUCACAGAGUGUGUGUUCAGCAGAGAGCAAAAGUGGUAGAGAGACAUACACAGUGACUGAAUGAGAGGGAGAACAGAACACUGACCUGGGAGUAAACUAAUUUCUUUCUCUUGUGUGUAGGUUUGAAGCAGCAGUAAAUACAGACAGACAGACAGACAGACAGGUAGAUCAGGUGAACAAACUCAGUCCUCUCUGAAGAUGGAUGACUACACUCUGCCCUUCUGGAUUUACCUGGGUGUUCUGACUGUGUUUGUUGGAGGAGCCAUGAAGAAGAUUUUGGCGUCCCACCUGAGCACCGCCCCCACCCUGAUGGCCUGGCUGGGGGCCACUGUGCUGGUAGAGCGGCUCUGGGCAUUCUGCCUGCCGGCCGUGCUGCUCCUGGCGCUGCUCGGCUUCGCCUGCUGUAUAUACUCUGCAGUCAGGAGCAGCCCACCGCCUGCCACCCUUCCUGCCCACGGCAAGGCUGUCUUCAUCACAGGCUGUGACUCUGGUUUCGGGAAUGCAGCUGCAAAGCGUCUGGAUACUCUGGGCUUUGAGGUGUUUGCCACAGUUUUGGAUCUGUCAGGAGACGGAGCCAAAGAGCUACAGAGGACCUGUUCCCCAAACCUCACCCUCCUCCAGGUGGACAUCACCCAGCCACAGCAGGUCCAACAGGCCCUGCUGGACACCAAGGCCAAGCUGGGACUCAAAGGUCUGUGGGGUUUGGUCAAUAAUGCUGGAGUGUGUGUAAACUUUGGAGAUGCCGAGCUGUCGCUGAUGUCCAACUAUCGCGGCUGCAUGGAGGUCAACUUCUUUGGUACCCUGACCGUCACCAAGAACUUCCUGCCACUGCUGCGACAGUCCAAAGGUCGCAUCGUCACCAUCUCCAGCCCUGCCGGUGACCAGCCAUUUCCUUGUCUGGCAGCAUAUGGAGCAUCUAAAGCAGCUCUCAACCUCUUCAUCAACACCCUGAGACACGAGCUGGAGCCGUGGGGGGUUCGAGUCUCCACCAUCCUGCCCUCCUCAUACAAGACAGGUCAGUCCAGUAACCACGCCUACUGGGAACAGCAGCACAAAAACCUGCUGCAGAGUCUGCCUCCGGGGCUGCUCGAGGAGUACGGCGAGGAUUACGUGACCGAGACCAAGGAGCUGUUCCAGAGCCACGCUUGCCAGGCCAACACGGACCUCAGCCCCGUGGUCAACACCAUUGUCCAGGCGUUGCUGUCGCCGCAGCCACAGGCACGUUACUUCGCAGGGCCCGGCGUGGGCCUCAUGUACUUCAUCCACAGCUACUGCCCAUUCAGCAUCAGCAACCGCUUCCUCCAGAAACUGUUUGUGAAGAAGAAGCUGAUGCCACAGGCUCUGAGGAAGCAGUCGAGCUUUGACCUCAACCUCAGCCUCCACAACAACAACAACAAUGAGGAGAAGCUGAAGUAGCUGUGAGGUGGCAGCAGCAUCUUGAUGGUGUUAUCCUGCAGAGAUAGAGGACCACUUCUGUAAUGCACUCAUAGAGCUGUAACCUGUCAUUUUCUAUGUGGUGUUUUUAAACUGUUGAAGGGAUCAUAGUGACACACCAAAAUGGUUUCUGUUUGUUUCCUGAUACUGUCUGGCCCCCCUGUGGCCGCCAAGGACACAGCUGGAGGUUGGUGGGCAGGGGGUCUGGUAUAGGUAGGGACGCAGCCACAGGUCAUUCAGACAACACUUCACCUUUGUCAGCGAUUUCAGCUGUACUGUACACACACCGAGACGGUCGCACUGACUUCAUGUGCCUUCACCACACAGAGAAAUACCAACAGAGAAGAUGAACAAUAGUGGAUCAGUUCAAUGCCACAGCAGCUCGUUUUUAACCCCUGACCUUAAACUUGCAUAAACACAGACACGCUCUGCAUCAGUGUGGCAGAUACUGUUGAACAAACUCUGUCUUACUUCAUAGUUACUUCAUAGUCUUGUUACCAGCUUGUUACAGUCACUUUUUACCCAACACCUUCACUGCUCAGUUGGUGAGACACUGUGACAUCAUCAGUCAGCGACAGCAUCAGACCCAAACAACCCCACAGUCAGUCCUGAUACUUGGUCCAUUUCUGGCUCUGGACUACGGCCCAGUCCUGACCCAGUUGCUGCUGCUGCUAACUGGAGCUGAGCUUCAGCCGACAUUCACGCACAAAAUGAGCCGAGUCUGGUGGUCGAGUCUGGGCCAGAGCCGUGAAACAGCCAGGACACAGCCGAGCAACAGCCAACCGUGCCGACAGCCACAAUGUGUUCCCUUUAAUUUAAGAUUAGUGAGGAAAACUGUGGCUUUGUUUCUGAUUGACCCUGUCUGAUGAUGACACCAUGUCCUCAGAUCUCAACAGUUAAGUGAUAACAAAAAUAAAAUCAGGGUUUUCACUUUAACUGUAUGAAAUUAUUAAUAGAAGCCAUCUGAUUGGCUCAUGCACCACAGCAAAAAGGAUGAGAGUAGGAAAACUAGAUGUAAAUGUUUAGCAUUAGCUGUUAGCACAGAGCUGUAAACAACAAACAACACGAGGAACAUGAGAUUUUCAGGACCAACCUCAACGUUAAAUCAAUCAAUUAAAUCAGGAUUCAAAUGAGAUAUUUGCUGCUGAGAGGGGUGGUGUAAAAUGCAAACUAAACUCCACCCGUGUGAUUUGUCAGAAACCUUGAAACGAGCUGCUGUAGUGACACCUCCGUCCAUCAGUCCACAAGUUUCUACGUCUCUGAGUAUACGUCACAUUUAGAUAACAACAUAUUCUGAGAAUAUUUUAAACUAUAUAUUUACAUGUACUGCUUUUUAACUGUUUGUUUCCUGCAUCAGAGGAACAUGUCCUUGUUUUAUACUGAAAGAACCAAAAUAUACAAACAUUAUUAUUUGAUUUUCAGUAGUUGGGGGUGGGCAGUAUUUUUUUAAUCAGAUCUAAACUUUCACUUUUCAGAUAUAAAAAGUAAAAUGAAUUUAAAAUAACUUUUUAAACUGCGUGCUUCUACUUUGAUGCAGGGGUGAUAUUUUUAUUUUCCACCAUCAGAAAUCAGACACCACCAGCUGCUGUUUUCUCCUGGUGGAGGUUUCCUCUCUGAAAAUCAGAAGAUAAGCAUAUAUUUUGGUUCAUGUAUACUAAACGUUUAUUAAUUGCUUCUGUGUCUUGUUGAAAAAUGAAAUCCAGUUUUUGUGUCAGAAAACAAACACACACAGACCAGUCUGAUGUUUUUUCCUCUAAACACUGAGUUUCUCCCCAUAUUCAGGAAAUUUCAUGUUUUUUAUGAUAAAUAUAUUUAAAAAAUUAAACGUAUGUAGCAGAUAUUUUUUCAGCUGUGACAAAUCCAACAAAAUUCAAACCUCAACUUUACAACUUUAUUCCAAAUGGACAUAUGAACAGAGCAGGUCUAUUUAUUGUGGUGUAGAUAUGAGUAAUAAACACACAACAAUGUGAGGAAGUGAAUAUUUGUGGAAUAUAUUGCUCAUGUGCAGUGAGUGUGUUGUGUUUUUGAGUCUCUCUCAUCAGAUUCACCUCCAAAAACAUCCUUGUUUUUUUUUUUUUUGUUUUGUUUGUUUGUUUGUUUUUCAGCCCAUGUUUUGUUUUGGAAUCAGAAUAUUUAUGGCAUCUUUUCUUUUAUCAUCACUUAAACUGUGAAUUUUGUAUAAAAAAUGUAAAACAAAAGACAAAAACAAAAGCGAUGAAAAAAUGAUGUAAAAUGUUCACUUGGUUCUUUGAUAGAAAUAAAGUCGACUUUUUCAGA